AUGGUUGGUGUAAAUGGGGCGCUGGCGGCGGAUGAGGCAAGGCUGAUGAUUGCCGAUGAAGGCUGGCUGAGAUUUUCGAUGGUCGAGGAAGGGGCUCCCGACAGGGUGAGCACAGAUGAUGUACUGGCACCGCUGGCGAGGCUGGAACUCGUCGUGCGAGGAAAGCUGCUCGCCGUAGAUGAUGCAGGCUCCAGUAACGUGCUCGAUGAGUUCGCUAAUGUUGGUGGCACAGUGCUAGCAAUCCGUACUGUCGAACUGGGAGCAGAUGACAAGCUUGACUUAACCGCAGUCCUCGUCGAUUGCAACUUCUCCACAGGGCAGCCUGAUGUGGCUGCGGCUGCGGCUGCGGCUGGGGAGCUUGAGGUGAUCGAAACGGAAGAUUCAGGCAAUGAGGCGGAGGGGGAGUUGCUGGACGACGCCGACAUUAAUGUCGUUACUCCAGGGCUCAAAAUCCAAGUCGCUGCUGAGGACGGCUGGAAGGUGGAAGAGCUUUCUACACUAGGAGCACUUGGUGCACUUGGUGAUGUCGAGGGUUGA